CGAUGAAUUUGAUUCGUGGAAUUGGUGUUUUUUCGUACGCGUGGAUCACGCACAGUCUCGCCAAUAAAUGAGCUUACAAGACAGCCUCUUUUCCCAGGACGUGGAGCACGACGUGACUCUGUUUUCGAGGGACAAAAGACGAAAAAGGGUACUCGUCUUUCCGCCUGUAAACAACUAUCGGAGGUUCAUCAUACACCAGUUUGUGCAGGAUCGCUUCGACGACCUGCACACGUUCUCGAUCGGUCAAGGCGUGGACAGACGGACCGUCGUGUGCUUCAAAAGUGACUUGAUAAGGGAUCCCAAGUUGAAUGGUGUGCAGUGUAAAUCGAGUCCGAAAGUCGCUGAUUCGCUGCACGAGAUGGGCGUCGAAGGACAACGGUCGCCCUCCGCAUCACCGGAACGUGUACGAGUUCAAAGACCAGCGAAGGUUGUGCCAGCGGUUGAGAUCUACAGGCCACCAGCUGCCAGAAGAGCCAGGAAUGAACAGACGGUCACAGAACAAGUUCAAGCACAACCAACUAUCGAUUCGCCUUCAAAUGUAAAGACUACCCGCCAAAAAAGGCCAGACCGUGCCGUUUACGUUCCGAGGGCUCGUAGAAGCUUAGAAACUGAAGGAAGCCCGCAACCAUCAGAAUCUGCUCGUGCAAACCGCACAGCUAAAGAUGCAUUAACAUCCUCCUCCUCCCAUGGGCAACCGAAGUCGAAUUCAAAUCUAAAAGAAAUAGAGUCUGAUAGUCGGCAGAGUGCGGAAUGUGUGAAAAAGUUAUCAAACACAUGCUCUGAUAAAUAUCAAAACCACCCGGAGAGUGAAAUUAGUCAGUGUCUUCGGGUAGAUUCGAAAAAUACAACCACUUCAGGCCCUUCAGUGGUGUCUGUUGCAGAAGUUUGCAACGAAGUAAAAUGCGAACAGCUGAACAACACGAGCGAGGACGUGCCAAACAAAUCAAACGAAUCCGCUGUUCCAGACGCUGAAUGCGAAAGAACUGGUGUAUUUCAACCGCAGACUGUUAAAGAGGAUGAAAUGUCUAGUAAUUCUAGUGAGGAUAAGACUAGUUUAGAUUCAGUUGAAGCGUGUGUAGAUAACGAAGUUAAUGUUGACAAAGACUUAGAGAGAUCUGAUAAAUAUAAGGACGAUGUUGUUGCAAUAUCCACGACGAAUAAUAAUAAAACAAACGAGAAAUUUUCGUGUAAGGAUGAAAUAACGAAUAAGAGGAACACGCAAAUAAUAGAUGACAGUGGGGUAUUAAACGUUUUAAUUAUCUCAGAUGUUGUACAAAAAGACACGCCGCCUGUCAAAGAAGUUACCCCUACUCCCAUAACGCCGCCGGAGAAGAAAGUGAAGAAAAUCGAAAGGCAAAAGAGCAAACCGGCGUCACCACCAUCUCCGCCAAUUAAAAAGAUAAACCGAGACGAAUGUGACUGGGAUAGUUUGUUCGACGACAACGGUGAUUGUUUAGAUCCAACCCUGAUUGAAGAGUUAACCUCGGCCGUGGGUGACGUUAUGAUAGAACAACCGAAAAACGAUUACAAAUCAUACACACGACACAUCGAAGUGUCCAGCGACGAAUAUGCUCAUGUUCUUGAAAUAUACAAUUUCCCCUCGGAAUUUAAGACCAGCGACCUAGCUGCUGUUUUUAGCCCUUUCAAAAACGGCGGGUUCGAAUUGAAAUGGGUAGACGAUACGCAUUGUCUUGGUGUUUUCAGUAGCCCUCUUGUUGCCGCUGAAGUUCUGGCGUCGGAUCAUGCGUUUGUGAAAACGAGACCAUUGAGUGAGGCAACAGCCCUGAGUAAAACGAAAGCGAGGAGGAGCGCAGAAUUUUUGCAACCGUACAGAAGUCGUCCAGAAACUUGUGCGGCGUUAGCUAGACGACUAGUUACGGGUGCGUUAGGCGUGAAAUUAGCCACAGCUAGGCAAGAACGGGAACACGAGAAAAACAUUCUUCGCGAAGCUAAAGAAAAACGAAGAUUAGCGAACAAACAGCGGGAUGAUGUCUGGGAAGGCAUAAUUCCUGAAAAGUAGCAUUAUCUGUGAGUAAUGUAAUGUUACAUUGGUGAAUUAUUUACACGAAAUGUAAGUGUGGCGUGACAUUUACAUGCAUUUGUGCCUUACUCAUCUAUUUUUCAUCUUUGACAAACUCAUUUGUCGAGAACUGAUUGGGCUAUUGGUUACGGGAACACAUGGGUUGACUUCUGCCAAUAGAUGAGUGCGGCAUGACGGAAAUACCGAUUACGGAUCAUACUCGUUUGGGACUGGUAAAUGAGUUUCUAGCGUUCGUUUCAUUUCUAUAUAUGUGCAUAUCACAAUUGUCCAGACCAGUUGAGUACGAGCGUGCCUAUUGCACUGUUUUUUAAUUGAAAGAAGGUAUCAAGUAUUUUAAGUGAUAUUCUUAGACACAGGACGGUUUACCGUGCCGACAUUAGAAAAACUAUAGAGACAGAAGUAGGAACGUUUUAUGAUAUGGUUAUAUUCUUACCUCGACAGUUGCCUCUGUUAGAAAUUUAUAUAUACGACGUCAAAUAAUGCUGUGUUGUGCAAUGAUAAUA